AUGUCUCAAGCGCCAAUAUUUGUUAUGAACACUGCGCCUCAACGGCAGUCGGGGCGGAAAGCUCAGAUUUCGAACAUCACCGCGGCAAAGACAGUCGCAGAUGUCAUCCGGACGUGUCUGGGACCAAAGGCAAUGUUGAAGAUGAUUCUCGAUCCGAUGGGGGGUAUCCUGCUAACGAACGACGGAAACGCGAUCUUGCGUGAAAUAGACGUGGCUCACCCUGCAGCGAAGAAUAUGAUUGAGUUGAGCCGAACACAGGAUGAGGAGUGUGGUGAUGGAACAACCAGCGUCAUUAUUCUUGCUGGAGAGAUUCUUGCUCAAUCAUUAUCACAACUAGAACGCGACAUUCACCCUGUCGUCAUCAUUUCCGCGUACAACAAAGCUCUCAAGGAAGCCCUAGAAAUCGUCAAGCGGAUAUCUAUCCCUAUCGAUGUGAAUAACGAUGAGGAAAUGUUAGCUCUUAUCAAAACGUCGAUCGGCACCAAAUUCGUCCAGCGCUGGUCAAAUCUCAUGUGUCAUUUGGCACUGCAGGCCGUGCGGACGGUUGCGCAAGACGAAAACGGGAUGAAGACAGUGGACAUCAAGCGCUAUGCCCGUGUUGAAAAAGUGCCUGGGGGCGAGAUCGAGCAAAGUUGCGUUUUGAACGGUGUUAUGUUGAACAAAGAUAUCACGCACCCCAACAUGCGGAGGAGGAUCAAGAACCCACGUAUUAUUCUUCUGGAUUGCCCGUUGGAGUAUAAGAAGGGCGAGAGUCAAACGAAUAUGGAGUUUUCGAAGGAGGGUGAUUGGGCCCGGGCACAGGAUAUCGAGGAAGAGCAGGUUAAGGCGCAAUGUAACAGGUUGAUGGAGUUGAAGCCAGAUCUCAUCAUCACAGAGAAGGGCAUUUCCGAUAUCGCGCAACACAUCUUUGAAAAGCACAACGUAUCUGCCAUCCGCAGAGUACGAAAAUCAGACAACAACCGUAUCGCUCUUGCCGUUGGGGCCACCAUCGUCAAUCGCAUCGAAGAUAUUCGGGAAGCGGAUUUGGGCACUGACUGUGGACUCUUCAAUAUUGAAAAAAUCGGAGACGAAUACUUCACAUUCCUCACUGAAUGCAAAACUCCCAAAGCAUGCACCAUCCUCCUUCGUGGUCCAUCAAAGGACAUCCUCAACGAGAUCGAUAGGAAUCUCGCAGACGCUAUGUCCGUCGCGCGCAACGUAGUCUUCAACCCCAUUCUCGCUCCUGGCGGGGGUGCAACCGAAAUGGCUAUCUCCGUGGGGCUACAUGCUAAGGCACGAAGUGUGGUUGGCGUUGAGGGGUGGCCCUUCCGGGCUGUGGCCGAUGCCAUGGAAGUGAUUCCCAGGACUCUGGUUCAGAACAGCGGGGGAAACGCGAUCAGGGCAUUGACUGAGUUGAGGGCGAAACACGCAAACGGAGAGAGCUCCUGGGGUAUUGAUGGUAACACUGGAAAAUGCGUGGACAUGAAAACGUAUGGGUUGUACGAAUCUGCCAGUGUCAAGAUCCAAACCUUGAAAACUGCCAUCGAGGCUGCGCGCAUGCUCCUCCGUGUCGACGAUGUUGUGCAGGCUAUCCGAAAGGACAAGGAACAAGGUGAAGCUGGGCCGGUACAGGGGCCCGAAGACAUGGUGGAGGGGUAG